AUGCGGUCCAAGAAACGCGACUCAGAUGCCUCAACGCUCGGGGAGGUAUUGAGUUCCAGUGGACUUAGCCAGUUGCCCAUGCUGCGCCUCCCACCUAAGCUGCGGUACAAUUUGCUCUGCCUGAUGGGCGAGUUCGUAGGGACGUUCCUGUUUCUCCUCUUUUCCUUUGCAGGUACACAGGUUUCCAAUACUCCCAAGCCGCCACCUGGCUCCCCGCCGAAUACUUCUAAUUUGCUGUAUGCGUCGCUUUCUUUUGGUUUCGCUUUGACGGUGAACGUCUGGGCGUUCUACCGAGUCACGGGCGGUCUCUUCAACCCGGCUGUUACUCUUGCUCUCUGCUUGACUGGUGGCAUGCCCCCUUCCCGGGGGCUGUGUGUAUUCCCGGCGCAACUGGUCGCCGGAAUUGCUGCAGCGGGGGUGACGAGUGCCAUGUUCCCAGGUCCUCUAAACUGCGAGACCAGACUCGGCGGUGGCACAUCAAUUUCACAAGGACUCUUCAUUGAGAUGUUUUUGACGGCCCAGCUGGUGUUUGUCAUCAUCAUGUUGGCAGUGGUGAAGCACAAGUCCACCUAUUUAGCUCCGGUGGGGAUUGGCCUGGCGUUCUUCGUUGCAGAACUGAUUGGUGAUUACUAUACUGGAGGAUCUCUCAACCCUGCUCGCUCCCUCGGACCGGAUGUGAUCAACCGCUCAUUUCCAGGAUACCAUUGGAUCUAUUGGAUCGGUCCUCUGCUCGGGUCCCUUCUUGCCUCUGGGUUCUAUAAACUACUCUGUUUUGCGCGCUGGGAGAGGAUCAACCCUGGCCAGGAUUACAACGAGGAAGAGGUAGCCAGAAAGGAGUCAUUGAUUGGUUCGGAGAAUACCCUCACCGCCAAUGUCCCUGAAUCCUCAUCCCCUAGAAGAGAAAUUCCAUUCGAUGAGCAUGUUUAA